AUGGCGCUCGCUCCGGGCUUCCCCCUGCUUCUUGCGCUCUCUUUUCUGCUGCAGCUGCCUGAUUGGUCCCGGGGGGCGCCGGCCGACACUCACUCUGUUUGCUACAAGUUCAGCAUCCGGUUUAAUGAAGAGCAAUGGUGUGAAGUUCAAGGCUAUUUGAAUGAACGGAAUUUGCUUUUUCACUACAACUGUGCCAACCUGAAAGUCUUGGCUGCCCCAGGGCUGAACAUCACAGAGGAUUGGCAGACGCUGAAAGACAUAGGGGAUAAGCUCAGAAAACUAAUGAAGUAUGUUGAACCAGGAGCUCACAAGCCCAAGGAUCCUGUCACCCUGCAGGCCAACAUGUGCUGUGAGAUGGCAGCAGGUGGAGGCUCCAGAGGGUACUGGCAGCUCGGCUUUGAUGAAAAGAUCCUCCUAAGCUUUGAGCCAAAGAAGGGUUGGACAAAGGUUGUUCCUGGAGCCAGACUGAAGGAGGAGGAGUGGAACGAGGACAUGGAUGAAAAUGUGGCCUCCUUCUUCAAGAAAACUUCACAGGGAGAUUCACAGACCACCAUGACGACAGCCACCUCCACCUCUCAAGCCACAGACUCAGCAGCCCUCAGACUGAGCCUCUGGAUCCUCGUCCCCGGCUUAAUACUACCUGGCAUUUGUGCCAGGAGGUCCUGCCACUUCAUCAGCUACAGCAUCUCAGGCCCGGUGUCCGUGGAUGACCAUCCUCAUUCUGGCUCGCCUCGGGCCCAUUUCUCUUGGUGCUGA